GGGUGUCUGGCCCCGCGUCUGCUCAGGGCAUUCCUCGCGGCUGCGGUUACGGUUUGGGCUGCCGGGGUGCGAGAGCGGCGACUCCGGUUGGGGCACCAUGGCUGAGAAGCGGCACACAGCGGAUGCCGAAACCCGGCGGCAACCCGACUCCUUCAAGGAGAGCCCCAGUGUAGGCCUUGGACCUUGUGGAUGGAUUUUGGUAGCUGUCUCAUUCUUGUUCACUCUUAUAACUUUCCCAAUAUCCAUAUGGAUGUGUAUAAAGAUCAUAAAAGAAUAUGAAAGAGCCAUCAUCUUUAGAUUGGGUCGCAUUUUACAAGGAGGAGCCAAAGGACCUGGUUUGUUUUUCGUUCUUCCGUGCACUGACAGCUUCAUCAAAGUGGACAUGAGAACUAUUUCAUUCGAUAUUCCUCCUCAGGAGAUCCUCACUAAGGAUUCAGUGACAGUUAGUGUGGAUGGCGUGGUCUAUUACCGUGUUCAGAAUGCAACCCUGGCAGUGGCAAAUAUUACCAACGCUGACUCAGCGACCCGUCUUUUGGCACAAACUACUCUGAGGAACGUCCUGGGCACCAAGAACCUUUCUCAGAUUCUCUCUGACAGAGAAGAAAUUGCACACAAUAUGCAGUGUACCCUGGAUGAUGCCACCGAUGACUGGGGAAUUAAGGUGGAGCGUGUGGAGAUUAAGGACGUGAAACUACCCGUGCAGCUCCAGAGGGCUAUGGCGGCAGAAGCCGAAGCGUCCCGGGAGGCCCGAGCCAAGGUCAUUGCAGCGGAGGGAGAAAUGAAUGCAUCCAGGGCUCUGAAAGAAGCCUCCAUGGUCAUCACUGAAUCUCCUGCGGCCCUUCAGCUCCGGUACCUUCAGACACUGACGACCAUCGCUGCUGAGAAAAACUCAACAAUUGUCUUCCCUCUGCCCAUAGAUAUGUUGCAAGGCAUCGUGGGGGCAAAACAGUGAGCCGUGUAGGCAGAGAUGAGCUCUUGCCUUCCAAGGAUGAAGUGGGGGACCAAAUCACCCCUUAACCCAUAAAGAGAGUAGGGCAGGAACCUUGGCUAUUCUUUCUCCCUUUCCUUUUCCAAUAUGUCGAGUGUGAUGUUCUUAGAAUGUAUAGUGAUCCUAAUAGAUAAAGAUUGUUAGCCUGUAAAUACAGGGAAGGAAAGAGAGAGAGAGGCUGGUGAUUUAUAAGGUAAUCUCUCAUUUUAAAAAAAUAUUCAGAGGUUGGUAUUUUUAGUUCAUUAUGUAAUAGAUUAAAUCCCCUAUUGCCUUCCACUGGGUCAUUCUGCACCCUCGAUCUGGAGCCAGGAUAAUAGGCUAGAAGCACCACUUGACACCCUGGUUGGACAGCUGCUGUUCUGAAAGCAGUGACUUUAGGCUACAACCAGCUUCUCUGGGCCACAUGUGCCUUAAUUCAAGGGAAACUUAAUGAAGGAAAUGUUCCUAAUAUCUCUUUACUUCCUGAACCCAAACUAUGUUUCAAAAUAAUCCUCACUUGAGAAUAAGCAUUUUCUUGCCUUUACCUUCAGCACUGGAGGAAAUGGCCAGGAUCGCUGAAAAAGAUUAUCCUAACCCUUGAAAGACUUUUAAAUCCUUAUUAUAGAAGUCUUUAAAAUAAUUUUUUAAAAACUCCUUUGAGCCUCCGUGUGAGUAAAUUGAUUCUUCUGUGGUCUUUGAAACCAGCUAAAUACUUAUCACAAAAGUGCUUUUUUCUCACUUUGCCUAUUUUCAUGGUUCAGGUUUUAAAUAAUUUUGAUUUUUUAAAUAAAAUUUUCUCAGUUCUCCAAUUUUUUAUAAACUCAUUGAAUAGCUUAAGAACUAAUACUAAAAAAAAAAAUCUUUAGAAAACCAUUGUUUUAUUGUUUGCAUGCUGUUAACUAUUGUACACCGUGAAAUAUCUUGGUUACCAGUCCCAUUCAUACACCAGUGAGUUUGAGAAGAUGCAGUCAAACUUCAGAUAUCUAUACAGAUGUAGACCUUGUUUGCCUAGUCAGUCUUUCUUCUGUCAUACAUGUUGAUGCUGAAGGAAGUAGUCAGCCCCUCUGAACCCCAGUUGCCUCAUCUGUAACAUGAGGAAGCACCUUCCAUUUGACAAACACCUGUGAAUCUGAACAACCUGGCAUUCUUCCUGUUGGUCUGGAAAACUGGCUGGUAACAUUUAUUCCACUUCUCUUUGAUGAGUUCACCUAGAGAAGUCUUACAAAGGGCAGCUUCCUUACCCAGAGCCACUGUUCCUAUCUGUCCGUAGAUAGAUCACUGUCAAUUCCAGUCUGUAAGCAUCCCCUCCCUUAUACUCCCUUUCUAAACUUAUUUUAGAAAACUUUGAACCAUGAAUACAGAUUCUGAGCUGAGAUUAUUAGAUGUAUAUAUGGAGCAUUUGGACUUGGAACUCAAGUUGCAUUUAUAUUUUGAAUUUUAAAGUAAGGAUUUUAUCUCUUUUAUGAGGUGGCUCACCCUGGACCACCGAGACCAGGAAACAGCCCCACUUCCUGGGUGAAAAUCUCUUCUGGAGCUUAAAGUAACCAUGCUUUCCGUCCUUGAUUCUUUCCUAUCUCCAGAUACCAAAUGAUCUUCGCUUUUCUGCCUUGUGGAUUCAUAGCCCAGUAGGUUGGAAUUCAAUCUCUUGGGAGGGAGGAAGCACAGACGGAGCUCUAGGAUGAGAGUGGGUACAAGAGGUUUUUGCCAUGCGGCCUCCCUUUCCAACGCUGUACGUAAUAAAGUGUGCAUUUUCACUGA